AUGACGGCUGCGGCCAUGAAAGGCUUCAACUCGCAUCAGAAUGGGUCCGGCACCUAUCCGCCCUCCGCCGCCACCCGUCGCGCUGCGGUCAGCACCUCCCCUUCCGAUCCGAAGGUCAAGAAGCUCUUGGGGUCUCGUGGCAUUGCUUCCCUCACCAUCGAUACGGGGCCUUUGUCCGGUCACGCUGCCACCAAGAACGCGUCACGGACAGAGCCGUCGCCCACGACAUCUACAUCUGCCGCAGGAGGCGCAAAACGAGGACGAUGGCACACGCUCGAGUUCCGCUUCUACUUUCUGGUCUUCGCCAUCGCGGUGCCGCUCAUGGUCUACGUCCCUGUUCGCCUCAGCACGCCAUCGAAUGCCAACUACUGGUCCUACACCGGCCAUCUGAAACCAGGCUGGAUCGCGGGAAGACUACGAGACGACAGCGACUUUCAGUAUCGCUCCUUUCGUGACUACGUCCCUUCCUUGAUAGGCAUCACGGGACUGUACCUGGCACUUUCAAAGCUAUUCAGCUUCCUGCCAUCGACAGCAUCGACUCAAUAUAGUCGUAUUGACGGCAACGCAAGCAGCAACGCCGCCGUCAAGCCGAACAGGAUAGCGUUCCUCGCCGUCUUCACCACCAUCUUCAUCUUUGCGCUCCACGGCUUCAACUCGCUCAAGCUGCUUUUGAUCCUCGGGAUCAACUAUGGCUUGACAAAAGCGUUGGGCGGCACCAAGAUCGCUCCGGCAAUAGCGUUCGCAUUCAACAUCGGUGCGCUCUUCGCAGUGCACUGGAACGACGGCUUCGAGUACAGUCACAUUUCGCCCGCGCUGGGCUUCCUCGAGGUGUUCAAGGGCCUGCUGCCACGCUGGCAGAUCAACUUCAACAUCACCAUGCUGCGGCUGGUGUCGUUUGCCAUGGACUACCACUGGGCCAAGUGUGAGGCAAACAACGGUGGUCAAGCUGGACGAGCGAUGGUUGAGGCGCUUCGCGAAGACCGCGAAGCGAGCUAUCAAGAACGCGUACGGCUCACGCAGCACCUGGAAGAAUACACCCUCGGCAACUACCUUCUCUACGCGCUCUACCCGCCCCUCUUCAUCGCCGGGCCCAUCAUGACGUUCAACGACUUCACGCAUCAGCUCCGGCAUCCCAUCCGCAUCUCUACCGGCACGGUGCUGCGCUAUGCCGUGCGCUUCGUCAUCUCGCUGCUCACCAUGGAGCUUAUCCUGCACUUCAUCUACGUCAACGCCAUCAAGGACACCAAAGCCUGGGUUGGCGCCACACCCCUGGAACUCUCGAUGAUCGGCUUUUGGAACCUCAUCAUCGUCUGGCUGAAACUUUUGAUCCCGUGGCGAUUCUUCCGUCUCUGGGCCAUGGCAGAUGGCGUUGAGGCGCCCGAGAACAUGGUCCGAUGCAUGGCCAACAACUACUCGACCCUCGGCUUCUGGCGUUCUUGGCACCGGUCGUACAAUCUUUGGAUCGUACGCUACAUCUACGUGCCGCUGGGCGGAAGCCGGAACCAGAUCCCCUCGACGCUGUUGGUGUUUACCUUCGUAGCGUUGUGGCAUGAUCUCAGUCUGAAGUUGCUCGCGUGGGGAUGGCUGAUUACGUUUUUCAUCGUGCCGGAGGUGGUGGCGCGGAAGAUGCUGCCCUAUAGCCAGUAUGGGGAGAGAUGGUGGUUCAGACACGUUGCGGCGGUGGGGGGCGUGGGGAACGUGCUGAUGAUGAUGACGGGCAAUUUGGUCGGGUUUGCGAUUGGCACGGAUGGCAUGCGGUACAUGAUCGAGCAGCUGUUUGGGAGUGCCGAGGGGGUGAGGUUCAUGGUGGGCGCGUGUGCGACGCUGUUCGUGGGUGUACAGGUCAUGUUCGAAUACAGGGAGGAAGAGUUACGGCGUGGCAUUGAUCGCAAGUGUUAG